AAUGAACGCUCUAGAGAAACGUAUUUUGAACAGGAAAAGGGACCGCUUUCAAAGCGUCUUUUUUAAUGUCAAUAAUCAACGCCUAUUAAAAGAUCUCGUUGGACAAGGAAUAGUUUUAAAGGGUACUUUAGAGAAAGUUCAGAAAAAUAAAGACGUCAAUGAAAAAUUCUCCCUACUAUUGAAAGAUUUCGAAAAGGAACCGCUCUCUUUUCAGAAGAUUUGUUACAGUUUGGAAAAUAGAGGGUAUGUCAAUUUGCUUGACGAACUCAAAGCUGAACUAAUUGUAGAAGAAGGGAAAUAUAGACCGAAUAAUUGGAUGAUUUCCGAAGCUGAGCAAUUCAGCUCUGUUAAUGUUACGUACGAAAUUGCUAAAAGAUUUGCGGUUGCUGAACUUCUAUGUAAAUUUUCCGUAAAAAGACGCACUAAAGAUUUAAUAACCGAAAGACAUCUAAUACAAUCAAAAGUAAAGGAAUUACUUGGAAAUAUCAAUAAGUUAAUCAAGCAUACAAAUCAAGAAGGAAGUAGGGAUGAUGGAAAAAAUUUCGAUAGACAAAAAUUAAUCGAUUUAGAUUUGGAGACUAAUAAGAAGAAAGCUUUUCAAUUAGCAUCAGAGAAAAUCGAACAACUGUUCAAAGUUUAUCAAAGUCUUGAAAGGGAAAAUUCUAUAUUUAGAAUUGAAAGGGAAAGCUGCUUGAAACUGCUAAAUUGUAAUAAUAAGUAUUCGAGAAUAGAUGAAAUAUUAAAAGAAACUUUAAAGGACGCUUCUACAGAGGUCGACAAGGUCAAAACCUCGGCUUUGAAAGAAAGGAGCAAUUGUUCUACCCUAGAUUCAAGAGUAAGACAAAUAAAACUCGAUACGCAAAGGAGUUUAUUAGUGAAGCAAGACGAAAUUGAAAAUUUGAAAUAUUGUCUGGUGGAGAAAGAUAAGAGGAUACGACAUCUAGCGGAAGAGAACGCAAAGAAUAGACAAAGAUUUGAAUUUUACGAAAGAGAAUUACAAAUAGCCAAGACAAGAAAUUUAGUUCUUGAAAGGUCAAGAGGAUUAUGCUACUCUUGGAAAGACGUUGUUGGAAAUUUUAAAAGAGCAGAUCUCAAAUAGUUGGUUUAUAAAACCGUUUCUUUUCUCCCCCUUCCUUCUCUAGCCCUCACCCUUCUCUCUCGCUCUCUCUCUCUCUCUCUC